CUCAAAACCAAAUCCCACCGCAGAUUCAAUCUCCCACCAGGCAGCUCCGGCUGGCCUUUCCUCGGCGAGACGAUUGGCUACUUGAGACCUUUCUUCGCCACUUCCCUCGGCGAUUUCAUGGACCAGCAUGUCACCAGGUACGGGAAGAUAUACAAGUUUAAUUUGUUCGGGGAGCGGACGAUUGUGUCGGCGGACGCAGGGCUGAACCUAUUCAUACUCCAGAACGAAGGGAAGCUCGACGCGCUCUGGGCUUCAUACGAUCUGUUGCAGACGCCGUUCGCUCUGGAUUCGUGACGGAGAGAUUGGGGGAAAGAUACCCAUCAAUGGCGGCUACAGAUUGAACUGAAUCCAAAGCGGGAUUGACGGAGUUCUAGGCCGGCGGGCUGGCGGCCAGAGAUCUCGGGAUGAAAUUCCGGC